AUGGCCAACGCGCCCAGCGUGGGGCUGGCCGCUGCGGACCCCCGAGUACUGGCCUUAGCUGCUCAGGUCACUGAGAGCAGAGAACAGGACAUCCCCUUGCUACUUCUGAAGUUAAAGGGAAUUUUAAAUAGUGCUUCCUUGGGGUGUGAAGAGUCAAAAAAAAUUAAGCAAGAUAUAUACGAUUAUGAUCUUACUCAGUACUGCAUGCUGGUCCUUAGACAAGACCAUUCUCGACUGUGUGGAGGCUGGGCUACUGCUGCACAGCUAGCAGAGAUACUAAGUCAUUGUUGUGUAGGACUAGAGGUGAAAGAAGAUCCUGAGGAAUUUUACAAGAAAUUUCUUCCUUCAGCUGUAGACAACCUGCUGUUUUUGGGAAGACGCUUGCAAGCACGAUUUAUCCGAGCAAUCAAGGAUGAAGAAAAACAAGAGUUUUUACACUGGUUCCAAACAGUAACUGAUGCCAUCUGCUGGCUGUUCGGUGGGCAUAUUCAACUAGCAGCAUGCGUACUGCAGAGUGAUCACUUCCUCCAGUUGUUAAUAACAGACGAUGUUGAAACGGCAGUUAUAAUGAUGUCUGUUUUACACAAUAUUUUGAGGGUCAAUAGUUCUGUCUUGCUUCAGGUUGAUGAAGAGACCCUUUACUCUGUUCUGGAUGAACUUGUUUAUAAGCUUUCAUCUACUACCAACCCUGUCAUAGGAAACGCUGCUACAAAACUGCUAUUGUUGGUGGCAAAAUUUUGCAAGCAGCUUGUGAAGUUACUCACAGCUCGCUACAAAGGAUUAAGAGGGCUUUUAAGUAAACAGUGGACUGGCAAAGGAUUUGACAGGGAUCUCAGUCAACUGUUGGACCUGCUGUACUUGGAACAAUCCAAUGGAAAAGGAGAAAUGCAGAGGCAGCAUCAAGCAGCUUGUAUAAUCCAGGCUACGUGGAGGGGAUUUCAGACAAGGAAAAGGCUGAAAAAACUACCCCAAGCAGUGACCACUUUACAGAGAAGCUUCAGAGCUAAACGGGAACAGGAGCUGCAGCAUUUAAAAAAACAGAAGGAAGAUGAGGCUCUAAAACUGCAAAUGCAACUUCAGAGACAGAGGGCCAUGAGACUCUUCCAUGAACGACAGCUGGCCUUACUGGAAAUAAUCCAUGCCAGUCAGGUAAAUAAGUACAUGGAGGAAAUGGAGGGGAAAUCAGCAUUAACUAUCCAGAGGUUCUGGCGAGGGUAUAGAGCAAGAAGAAAUUUUCAUCAACAGAGACAAUCUCUUAAGGAGUAUAAAGCAGCUGUCAUCAUUCAGAGAGCAGCUUGUAAAUUCUUGGAAAAAAGAAGGAGGAGGAGACCUCUCUCUCCUUGGAAAGAUCCCAAGGGACUGACUGAUGAGCAGAGACUGGCUUUGCAGCAGAAGGUGGAUGACUACAUCAAAUUGCAUCCGGCUUCCCAAAUGUCAGAAGAAAUGAGUAAAGAAUUACAUAUGCAGGCUCAGGAAAAGCUGGCACAGUUCCUGUUGAGGAGCAGACUGGAUCAGAGAGCAGCGCAGCGGAGAGAGACAUUACUGGCUCAGGUCAACACCGAUGUGGAGCUGCUAAUGAAUGCUCCAGGGUUAGCAGAGACCACAGAAAAAGAUCUCGAUGUCUUUAUGAGUCGAUCAGUCCCUGUAGCUACCAAGGCAAGACAAUCCCACAACACUAUGCUGAAAUACAGUCGCUGGCCAUGGUGGAAGAAGCUUGGAGAUGAGUUUGAGGAGGAUGAUGUCAUUCCUGAUGAUGCCCUAAAUGCAGAACUGGGAACUCUAUUUAUUGGUGGAAAGAAAUCCUUUUAG